UUUCGCGCCAAAAAGAAAAGGUUGCAAAAGAUCCAGUCAAGUCAUGAUUGUAACAACAAUACAACAAGACCCUUGCUUUGCCCCUUACUAGUGCUAGACUAGGCACUUUGCAACAAAGUUUUAACUCAAGUCCGUCACAGCAACGCGUAAGCCAGGGGUCUGAAGCGCGAUUUCAAUUAAACUCGCACCAUACACGCGUAAAGUGCCUGAGCGCAUUGGGGGGCCAAGCACCACUUUUCAAUGUCAACGCAUCACCAUUACAAUCCAACCAACUGCAUAAAACCGGACACCGUUUUGUCUGAGCAAGGUAGGAAACAUUGGAAGUCACAUGGGGCCAAGCCUCAUUCUCACUUGUUUAAACUGGUCCCGGUUUCUGUCGAAAACAUUGUCUUUCCAUGGGGCUGUACCGUACAAAAAUUCCCCUGUUCCCCAGCCAAUCUUUUUUUGGCUCGUCGGUGACGACGGCGGCGGCGGACCUAGACCAGGCACUG